AACCGGAAGCGGAACUGGUGGAGAGCGCAAAGAAACGCUUCCGGCGGAAGUUCCGCGCGCCGCCGCCUGGGUGGGUUGACCCUCGCGAGCUCUUACCUCGUUCCUUACAGCCGGUUGCGCGUUGUGUGAGGGGAGGUAAGAAGCGAAAGGGAAGCCGGCUCUGGUUCUGGCUGGACGUGCUCGCCCUUCUUCGGUCCUUCUUCGCAGAGGCGGCAGCAUUGAAAAGAUAUCUCCGGGACCUCACAGCCGUGGUAGCAGCAGCAGCAGCGCCUGGAGGGAUGUGGCGGAGGCGGCGCCGGUGGUUGUUGUAGUAACGCCGGCAGCUGUGGAGGAACUCAAGGGACGCUUUCCGCCGAAGCUCCCGGGCUCGUCUCGGUCCGUUUCUGGCCCCGCAGUGCGGGGGGGUGAGGGCGGGCGACGGGAUCGCGUCGGCAGUUGAGCCGCCCCAGCCCCCUUCGGCUCCACUUUCUCUUCUCUCGCCUCGUCCAGCUACUUUCGAGAUCUUACUUGGGCUGCGGCCCUGACCCUUAACGAGUCUGCCCAAGCUGUCCAGAAUGGCUUCUUCGUCCGGGAACGACGACGAUCUGACCAUCCCCCGAGCGGCGAUCAAUAAGAUGAUCAAGGAGACGCUCCCGAGCGUGCGGGUGGCCAACGACGCCCGGGAGCUGGUAGUGAACUGCUGCACCGAGUUCAUCCACCUCAUCUCCUCCGAGGCCAACGAGAUUUGCAACAAGUCAGAGAAGAAAACCAUUUCUCCGGAGCACGUCAUCCAAGCACUAGAAAGUUUGGGCUUUGGCUCCUAUAUCAGUGAGGUAAAAGAAGUCUUGCAAGAAUGCAAAACCGUAGCAUUAAAACGAAGAAAGGCUAAUUCUCGUUUGGAAAAUCUUGGCAUUCCUGAAGAGGAGCUUCUAAGGCAGCAACAAGAGUUAUUUGCAAAAGCUAGACAGCAGCAGGCAGAGCUAGCCCAGCAGGAAUGGCUACAAAUGCAACAAGCAGCCCAACAAGCACAGCUUGCUGCUGCCUCAGCCAGUGCAUCCAACCAGGCAGGAUCUUCUCAAGAUGAAGAUGAUGAAGAUGACAUUUGAAAUCUUUCAGGCUGAGAUUCAAUCUCUGCAAGGAAAUAUUGUUUUGCACAGCAAAACCAGUGAAAUGAAUGCUUGCCCGUAACUUUGUCUGCAUCUUGGACCGGCCCUUGGUAUUUUAGGGGUGUCUGCUGUUGUGUGCUGUACAUGUCAAAACUGUCUCUUUGAACUCUUGAAGACUUAAGGUUCAGUAUCAUAUCAACUCUGGAUUUUUAAUGGUGUUUAUGGAACUUUUAGAUAGACGUGUGUCACUUAUUUGAUCAACAAACAGUGUUACAAUAAAGUUUAUAAAAUAUUGCAGAAUUUAUACAAAAGCUCUAAAUUCACAUUUGCAUUUCUCUUCCCUUUUAACCAUAGAUUCUUAUGUAGAAUAUUUUAAUUUGGUUUUUUUGGAAUAGAGCAGGACUUUAAUCUGCUUUGGGGGAGGGAAAGCAAAGAGUUCAGCAUAAUUUGGUCUGAGUCUUUGUCUUUUAAAAUGAGAGAUAUAAAUGGCAAUAAAUACUAUGUGCUCAGAUACCAUCAAUCUUGAGAAAUGAUACAUUUUUGCCAAACUAGGAAAAUGUAUGUUUAAUAGGAGUUGUACAGAUUCAUUUUUAUUUUGUUUUUUUGUAUAGGGGUGAAAAGAAACCCAAGACUUUAUUAUGGCAUCACUUCAGUGUCCUGAGCAACAUGAAUAUUUCCUUUCAAAUAUCAUCCACUUUGGAGAAUUAAAACUUCUUGUUUCACAGCAGUUUAAUUUUAACUAUAGAUGGUAUUACGUGCAUACUGCAUGUUCAAAGUGUUCAAAUGGGGUUUGGUGGAACAGAGUUGUUUUAAUUCUGUUUUGAUUGAUAAUGCUUAAAUAGACUUAUGAAAGCAGACGUUGGAACUAAUGAGUAUGCUUGCAGUGAGAGGAAUCUUUAUCUCCAAUUACUUAUUUGUUGUCAGCACAAUGUUAACACAAUGUUUUCAGACUAGUGUAUCAAUAGAUAAGCUUUAUCUUUGAAACUGGCUGCUUCUACAUUAGUAACUAGGAGAGUACUAGUUCUAAGUGAUACAAUUCCAAGUUUAGUUUGGCGACUGACUGAGCCCUUACUGACCAACAGGACCUAAAUGAGGUAAAAUUCUUUUGAAGUAUGAUGGGAAUGGAUUUUUCCAUAACAAUGCUUAGAUUGCUAUUUGUGUUGAAAUAAAGUACAAUAGAGUCCAUUUUAGAAUUUGAAAAUAUACUUGAAGAUACAUCAACAUAUUUUUCUCGUACUUGCAUGCAAGGAGAUAGAAUCUCUCAUAUUAAUCAAGCAGCAUUAUCAGAUUGCAAAUUUAAACUAUCUAGCAUAGCUUCAAUGGCUAUUAAAAUUAUGCAAGAACUAAAAGUAAUUAGAGAGAGUCUUGUAUGUGAAGCAGAGAACCAAACUACGAAUCAGAUUAAGAUCUUGAAUUGCAGUUAGUUUAGUUUAAUUUUAAGGGACUUCAUCUGAAAUAAUUUGCACCCUUUUUUAUACACUGGUAGCUGAGAGAUACAUUAGUUUGAAUGUUAAGCUGAAACACAUUUGUGGGUUCAGCAGGAAAAGUAUUGGGACAAAAUCUGAUUAAGGAUCUAGUCUUCAUGAAGGUUGAAGUACCAAAGGUAGAAACACUAGGCUAGGAAAACCAUGUUAAUGUUCAGUGUUGGCUUUUCUAAUUUGUACUGUAACACCCUUGCCGUUCCUAUUUUUAAAAAGUCUUUUUUUCAGCAAGAAAGAUACGCAUUUUCACACUUCUUUUCUGAUGCAGAAUUCAGGUUAAUAUUUUACUGCAUCUGGUAUGUAUCAUAAUAUGUUUGAAUCCCUGUGACCUUUCCUUUGGACAUUCUUGUGCUUUUUCAUAUGCUGUAUUCCUCAAGCAAUAAAAUUCA